AUGGCCGGAACCCAGGAACCCUCCUCGUUGGAGGAGAUUCUGUGGCGUUCCCCCCCCCACGUCCAGAUGAUGGGCGGAUAUCUGCAUUCGAAUAACAUUCUCUUCUAUUUUGCCGAAUCUCCCUUCUUCGAUGCCACCUCAAACAAUGCCUCCCUUGCCAUUCAAGCCAACUACAAUGAAGCCUUCCGUCAUUUCGUGGAGACACGGGAAGCCUUCGAAGGCCGAUUGAAGACCAUGCAGGGUCUCGAGUUUGUCGUGGCGUAUGAUCCUUUGCAGGCUGCAGCACAGUCGAACACACAGUUUGCACGCGACCCGUCCAACAUCUGGGUGAUCCGGAAACAAACCCGGCGAAAACGGGCUGGUCUUGACGAUGAGGUGGUGGUCCUGGCGACGUUCUUCGUGGUCGGAGACUGUAUUUACAUGGCGCCCUCGGUUGCGAGUGUUGUGGGGAAUCGGAUCGUACGUGAACUUUUACUCUUAGGGUGCUUUUUCUUUUCCACGUCCGCAGCUAACAUCGUCCUGGUCCUGCUUUCGGCCGUGACUUCUCUGACCAGUUUGCUCAAGACCGCGUCGACAUUGCCUAUCUUUACGCCGUCGCAUGGGCACACCUACCUUCCACCAGCGCCUAAAUCUACGGACCCCAGUCAGCCUGGGGUUCAGUCGCAAGGGAGCAAGGAGAACACACCAAUGCCGGACGUCGAUGCUUCAAGCAAGGCGGCAGCAGCCCUCGUUAGUUCGCAGGCGCAGCAGACCUCUGGCUCGACGUUCCAAGAUCUGAAGACCCUCGCGGAGUCGUUCAAUCUUCUCUCCCGGUAUGGCGAUGAGUUCAUGGACGAGAAUCCCCUGGUGGGUGAGCCGGGGUCUUUCAUUCUCUCCAAGGCCGGCGACACCGACCGAGGAGCGACCGCAAAGCAACCGCCCCCGCCUAGUACGAUUCCCGGGCGUGUUGCAACCCCUCAAGUCAAGGUGGAUACGCCGGGGAAGACAUCCGAGAAAGCUGCUCCAUCGGGCGCAGAGGAGUCCAAACUACGGAGGAAGAAGAGUAAACUGGGCAGUUAG